GAAAAAUUUCUUCAUUUUCUCUUGAACGUCAGCUGGAAGAGCAUCGAAAUUUUCCAUUCACGGAAAUUUUGCCAUUCGAAGUUUCAAAAUUGGAAGCAGUUUUCUCAAGAAUUUUAAAUCUACUAUCCAAAAUUCACGAUUGCUGAAGCUAGCUAACCGAAAAUGAUUUUCUGGCGAUACUUGGUGAAACCUGUGGUAACGAAUCCUUUCGGAGGACUCGUGCGGCGUAACUAUGCCCAAGCCAUUCUUGACAAAUGUGCCAGUCCACCGUCCAAGGGUUUGAUCUUAGGAAUCUACGCCGACGAAGAGGAUGCAUUCGACACCGGAACUCUGACCCCGGCCGGAGCGAAAUACAACGAGGCUCAAACCAACGGACGCUUGUUGGAGCUGGUCCGUCUUGCUGGUCCGAUUCCGAAGCGAGGCGAUGUACGCAUUUUCUACGACCUGGAGCCAACAUUCAAAGCGGUUGCAGUGUGUGGGCUUGGAAGUGAUUGCCUGGGAUAUGAUUCGGCGGAGAAGCUGGACGAAUCCAAAGAAGCCAUCCGGAACGCCGUAGCCAGUGGUUGUCGCGAACUACAGAAGCUGGAGACGAAUUUCAUCUAUGUGGAAGAUAUGGGCCACGCCGAGUCGGCAGCCGAGGGAGCUCACUUGGGCGUCUGGAUUAACCAAGAGCUGAAGAAGCCCGCAAAGCGCAAGUUCGUUCCGCAUUGUCAGCUUCACGUGGACCGUGGAUUACCGUGCGAUGAGGAUGGAUGGAGAAUUGGGAUUGUGAAAGCGGAAGCGCAGAACUUGGCCCGACAGCUACAAGAGAUGCCAUCGAAUCUCAUGACGCCAACCACGUUUGCGCAAAAUGUUGUACAACUUUUGGCCAAUUCCGGUGUGAACGUAGAAGUUAAAGUUAAGAGUUGGGCGGAAGCUCAGGGAAUGACGUCGUUCUUAGCCAUAUCCAAGGGGUCCUGUCAGCCGCCAAUUUUCCUAGAGCUGAGCUAUUAUGGAACAAGUGGUAAGGAAAAGCCGAUUGUUCUGAUUGGCCAGGGUAAUACGUUUGAUAGCGGUGGCAUCUGUGCCAAAAAAUGCCACGCUCUUACGCACAUGCGUGGUGAUAUGUCAGGGGCAGCUUGCGUAGUGGCCACAUGCCGAGCCAUUGCAUCACUAAAGUUGCCAGUGAACAUUCGAGGUUUGAUUCCGCUUUGUGAGCAUAUGAUCGGUUGCAACGCAAUCAAGCCAGGAGAUGUUGUCCCGGUGAAGAAUGGUAAAAGCAUCGAGGUGAUUGAUGCCGAUCGAGAAGGCCCAAUGAUGCUGGUGGAUGCUCUGCUCUACGCUGAAAUCUUUGGACCUAAAUAUAUAGUAGAUGUGGCUACGUCGUCUGAGCACGUGAGCGAUUCCUUCGGACAGGUUUGUAGUGCAGUGUACACGAAUUCCGAGCAGCUCUGGCAGAGAAUCAAGAAUGCUGGUGUUCAUACGGGCGAUCGUCUCUGGAGACUUCCGUUGUGGGACUAUUUCACCAAGCAAGUAUGUUCUGCGGAACACGUGGAUGUGCAGAACGUGGGACGUGGGGUGGGAGGAGAAUCGUGCUGUCAAGCUGCUUUCCUUCGAGAAUUUUUGCCAUGCGGCCAGUGGAUGCACAUUGAUGCCCAUAACGUGAUGGUCACCAAAGGAAUCGAUUACCCUUAUUUGAGAGCGGGAAUGGCCGGUCGUCCCACACGAACAUUGAUAGAAUUUAUCGCCCAAGGUGUCUGCAAGCAAACUGAUUUGUGCGUACAGAAAACAGCAGAAAAGCAUUAGAAAGCUAUAAUAUAAUAUUUAUUUUUGGAUCAAUUGAAAUAAAAUCUGAAUCAAA